AUGAGAGGCUGGCGGACAUGGCUGCUUGUGGCGGCCUUGUCGGGGCUAGCCAUUGCCCACCAAGAUGAUGCCACCUUCCUCACCGCCAUGAAGUCGCUGAUCUGGGGCCCGCACGAGAAUGGGACCCAAAUGGACCCGGCCAAGUUCCAUCAGUACAGCAGUGCGGCCCGUUCCUCUUCAUCGUCGUCUGCCGGUUCAUCGGUGUCCGGUUCGGCGUGCACCCUGCCCCAGCAAAUAGGCACUGGCCCAUACCGGAUACCCAGAUGGUAUUACAACCCUGCCCGCCAACGCUGUGAGCUUUUCUACUGGUCGGGCUGCUGCGGCAACCAGAACAAUUUCCAAACCUUCCAAAACUGCCAGCAAGUCUGCGAAGUCACCAAGCAGACGCUGGAAGAUGUGCGGUGGAUGCCGUCGUACUCACAGAUUGUCGACAUCACCGUAACGAUACCAUCAUCAUCAUGUGGUUGUGCCCGUGCCCUUGGGACCCAGUGGCCAGUGCCUGGGGCUGGAAUGUCCCAAACUACCGGCCAAAUGGGAUGCGCAUGCUGUCUACAGCCUUACAGUGAAGGGCAUGGGAGCCAGAAUCUGCAGCGCUUCUACUUUGAGCUUGGGGAGUCGAGAUGUAAGCCGUUCGUGUAUCGAGGCCAAGGAGGGCAGGGGAACAUCUUCGACACGGAGAUCCAGUGCUCGAAAGCCUGCCAAGCAUUUGGGCCCCAAGCGCAGGGCCAAUAUGUGCCCCAGCAACCGGAACAGCCGAUCGUCAUGCCAAGGGUCACAUUACCACCGAUGGAGUUGCAGCCGGUGAAAAAAGUGGACCCGUGUGAGCAAGAGCCCGAGUCCGGGGUCGGCGCGCUGCAGCUCAGCCGCUGGGUGUUCAACAAAAAGACGAAACUCUGCGAGCCGUUCGUUUACUUUGGAUCGGGCGGCAAUCGGAAUAACUUCGAGACGUUGGUGGAGUGCCAGCAGCAGUGUCCGGAAUCGCCAAAUCCGUGCGCGGUGCAGACGACGGGGCCGCUUGUACAGUGUAUGGGAGGGAGUAGCUGCGGAAGUGGAUAUUAUUGCCAUAGUGGAGCUGUGCAGAAUACGAAUGUGUGCUGCCCACGACCAUCAAGCCUCGAUCGUUGCCAACAACCCCUCAACAUCGGUAUCGGAAACGAGAACCUGCAACGCUGGUACUUCAACCCGCUCACCCAGCAAUGCCAGACCUGCGUCUACAAGGGGCUUCAGGGCAACGAAAACAACUUUGCGUCCAAGAACGAUUGCGAAAAUGCGUGUCAAGUAAACCCAUGCCGUGUCGGGUCCCCAUUCCGAAGCCAAGGCAUCACCGUCCAAUGCUCUGCCAUGAACCCUACCGUAUGCCCGGCCGGCUAUUACUGCCAUAUCGGAGCCGACCAAUCGACUUCUCUCUGCUGCCAGGCCCUAGGCACAAACCCGUGCACGGAACCAAUGCUAAAGGGCGAGGGCACCGGCUCUCUAACCCGCUUCUUCUACGACUCCAUGCAACGCAAAUGCCUCACCUUCAAUUAUCUUGGCACCAAGGGAAACAUGAACAACUUCAUGACGCGAGAGUUAUGCGAGAAUGCGUGCCCGGUGUGGAGCAACCCAUGUGCUGUCGGCAUUCCGAUUAUGGGUGCCGAUCAGCGGCCGAUGAAGUGCUCGAAUGUUUCACCGUGUCCCACCACCCAUUUUUGUCAUCUUGGAUUUGAUGAGGCGACGACAGUUUGCUGCCCGGCUCAGGGUGACCCCUGCGUGGUGCCAAUGACAGAAGGCACCGGAAACCAGGCAAUCCACCGGUGGUUCUACAACGACAACACCCGCCAAUGCCAACCAUUCACGUAUCGAGGAUCCGCCGGAAAUGAGAACAACUUCUUGCUGCGCGAACACUGCGAAGCCACCUGUCCCGUCUGGCUGAACCCAUGUCCUCAGGGAGAACCGAUCCUCAGCGCUGAUAACCGACCACUAAGCUGUGAGCCAGACGUGGAAGGAGCAUGCCCCUCCUCACAUUGGUGCCAUCCUGGCUCCGACCCCUCAACGUCGUACUGUUGCCCCGGAAACUCUGAUCCAUGCCUUCUAGCGAAAACCGAAGGAGAUGGCCCCUUGGCGUUGACGAGAUACUAUUUCGAUGCUUCUCGGCGGCAAUGUCUCGAAUUUUCGUACCGCGGAUUGAGGGGAAACGCGAACAACUUCAUGACCGAAGGGGCCUGCGCUAGUCGUUGCCCGGUCCAAGUGGACCCUUGCCCGAUCACCUUCUCCAGCCUAGCCCACGUUGUGACUUUGACAAAAUGCUCGGGCACCUAUUCUUGCCCCGACCAACAGUGGUGCCACAUUGGAGCCACGGAUGAGACGACUGUUUGCUGUCCCAAUGGUAGGCGUUCAAAUUCAAAUAUUUAUCAUAAACUACAC